UUAAAUUUAAGGCGAUAUUUGUUUUAUCAAAGUAUUAGUUUGUGACCUUAAAAAUACAUGUAACUGUAAUAAAAGGUCAAUGCAUCUAGACAGAUAUAUUUGGUAAAAUGGAAAACCUAUUCAGACAGAAGUAAUAGGUGAGGAGUUUGAGUGGAGAUGCUCAUUCUAUAGCUUUGUUCAAAAUCAGGCAUUUCAGGGCAAACAGGAAACUUCCUCCCGGGCUCUGUUCACCUGGACGACUUUCUACCUGAGCUUCAGUCUUUAAUCGACUACUUCCACCUGUCGUGUGACGCUGGACAUCUCAGGACGGCUGCAGACGAGAUGGAGUUGCUCAGCACGGUGUGGAGAGAGUUCAGGAGGAUCUUCAGUCGACAGGAGCAGAUGAAAACGUUUCCUCAGUACGACGGCUCAGAGGUGAAAGGGAGCCAGUGGGGGAGGAAGAGUGCGAGCGCGGCUCUGAGGAAGGAGGCCAACUGGAUUCCUUUCAUUCAGGUGAAACCCCGUCGGGAUCCUUGGCGGCAGAAACUCGUCACAAAGCUGCAGGAGAAGAAAAGUGUGGACAAGCUGCUGAGGAUGCACUGCAGCUUUCUGCAGGUCCCAGAUCUGCUCCAAGUGUCAUCAGCUCUAAAAGACCACGCCGCUCACGUCUGUGACUCACAACUCACAUCGAGCUCUUCUGUCUCUCACAGCAGCAAAACCAAACGACAGAACGUCUCAGAGACGUGGACGAGUGUUUACAAAGCUGCAGGUUUAACUCAGGCAUGUAUCAUCCGGUUUUCUGCUCAGAGAAACGACGUCUGCAUUGUCCUCAGCGCUGCUGACUGAAGUAAAAGUGACGUUUGUCUU